CAUCCCACCACUUUUCCCACACAUUUGUAACCCCAACUUCCAAGCAGCUUCUUCCAUGCCGAAAAUGUCCACAAACAGGUGUCCUUAAAUUGCCCAUUCACACUCGCUUUGAAGCUUCCAGGAUAAAUCAUAAAUCAACGGAUAGCAUUAAUCCCAUCUCAUAGCUCUUCUGUCCUUAAUUCUUUGUGGAGCUUUAAUCCAAUGGCGAUUGUUGGAGCCCAAGAUGCCUCUUCUUCGGAUUCUCCAUGUAGUUAUCAUGUGUUCUUGAGUUUCAGAGGUGAAGACACUCGCAAGACGUUCACUAACCACCUCUACACAGCUUUAAAUCAUAGUGGAUUUCGCACCUUUAGAGAUGAUGACGAGAUUGAAAGAGGAGAAAAUAUGAAGUUUGAAUUGCAGAAAGCAAUUCAAGAGUCGAGGAUGUCAAUAGUUGUCUUCUCAAAAAACUAUGCUUCUUCGAGCUGGUGUCUUGAUGAACUUGUGAUGAUCCUCAAAUGUAGAAGGACUACUGGGCAUGUAGUGCUACCUGUCUUCUAUCAUGUGGAUCCAUCCCAUGUGAGGAAGCAAAUGGAAAGUUUCGAAGAAGCAUUCACGAGGCAUGAAGAGAGAUUCCAUACAGAAGGAGCUGGAAAAAAAGAUGAACAGAAGGGCAAGAUACAAGAAUGGAGAGCAGCACUCAGAGAAGCUGCAGAUUUAGUAGGGAUGGAUUUACAAAAUCAAGCUGACGGACUCGAGUCAAAAUUUAUCCACAAAAUUGUAGAAGUUGUUUCAGACAUACUAAGACGCACUAUCUUGGCGAAUUCCCCUUACUUGAUUGGAAUACAUUCCCGAGCAAAGAAUAUUGGGCUUUGGUUACGAGAUGGGUCUAGUGAUGUUGGUAUAGUCGCAAUUUGUGGGAUAGGUGGAAUAGGAAAGACAACCAUUGCCAAAUUUCUAUAUAAUUCGAACUUCUCAAAGUUCAAAGAAAGCAGUUUUCUUGCAAAUGUAAGCGAAACUCUAAAACAACCAAAUGGUUUACUUCAAUUACAAAGACAACUUCUUUUAGAUAUUUUACAGGGAAGAAAGAAAAAGUUGUAUUAUGUUGAAGAAGGAAUUGUUAAAAUUAAAGAUGCAUUACAUUGCAAAAGAGUUCUUAUAAUUCUUGAUGAUGUGGAUACAAUAGACCAACUAGAUGCAAUACUUGGAAUGCGAGAUUGGCUUUUUCAAGGUAGUAAAAUCAUCAUAACCACUAGACAUGAGCGGUUGCUAAGGGCUCAUGAAGUUCGCCACAUUCACAAGGUUGAAAAUUUGGAUUACAGUGAGUCUUUAGAGCUCUUUAGUUGGCAUGCCUUUGGACAAAACCGUCCCAUUGAUGGUUUCAUAGAGGUCUCAAAAAGGGUGAUACAAUAUUGUGGAGGGCUUCCACUAGCUAUAAAAAUUUUGGGUUCUUCGCUGUCAGGGAAAAGCUUAAAUGUCUGGAAAAGUCAAUUGGAGAAAUUGAAAGCGAUUCCUAAUUAUCAAGUCAUUGAAAAACUCAAAAUAAGCUAUGACUCUUUACAAGAUGACCAUGACAAAAAUUUAUUCCUCCAUGUUGCUUGUUUCUUUGUUGGGAUGGAUGAAGAUUGGGUAGUUACAAUUCUAGAUGGAUGUGAUUUUUACACAACAGUUGGGAUUCAAAAUCCCAUUGAUAGAUGUCUGUUAAUGAUUAAUACACGCAAAAAGUUGGUGAUGCAUCAAUUGAUUCAAGAAAUGGGAAAAAAAAUUGUUCGUCAAGAAUCACUUAAGGAGCCAGGAGAACGUAGUAGACUCUGGAAUCAUAAGGAUUCCUUCAAUGUCUUGAGAGAAAAUACUGUAAGAAUUAAUCCUUCUCCUCAUUUAUAUUUGUAUGUAUUUCUAUAGUUAUCAAAAAAUGAUCCAAACUUAGAAACUUCAUACCCAAAAAAAU